ACACAUUUAUCAUAUAUUCUCCAUUUUAUCCUUUAAUACUUUCCCCUAUAAAUUCAACAGACACCAAAAAGUAUAAGUGAAAGAAAUAUAAGAUAUUAAUAUCGUUUCUAACUCGCAGGAUUUCAAUAAUGAACUUCGGAGAACGGCUUCUGGGUCAAGAUGAGAAACAAUUUCAAAUGAGCAAUGCAUGGGUACCCAUCACCCCUGAGAAGCUCAUUCUAAGAAGAUCUAUGCCAAUAUCAGACUGGCCAGUGGACCAAAACAGAAGAGCAAAUUAUCAAGAAUUUCCUGUCCCUGGAAGUGAUUACAUGGAAGAGAUGCUGCUGCAUCAUAAUGGACCAGAUCAGAAUCUCCAUCUGGUAGGACAAAUAGAUCAAAUUGGACUGCACAAUAAUUUUGAUGGCAACUCAACCAAUAGAAAGAGAGUUCUCAAUCAGAUAGCAGGCUCCUACGCUCAGGCGCGGUGCUAUGAGAGCAGUGGAAUAAACAGUAAUACUUUGGAACUACUGCUCAAGAAGAAUGCAACUAAUAUAGCUUCUGCUAACAGGAAUUUCGAUUCGAGCAUUAACAGGGCAGCUAGAAAUCCACUGCUACCAAAUUUUUAUCCUCAGGCGAGCACUGAUGUGAGGGAAUCCUAUGCAGGUGUACAAAGAUCCAAUAUCCAUUCACCCUCAGACAUUGUGUACAAAGAUGCAAAUAGACUUCUGAUUCCAGAUAGGAAUUCUGAAUUUAUUGGCAGCAACUCAGACAGCUUGCUCAACAAUGACAUUCACUGCUCAGUCUCAAACCAACCAAAGAGCAUCUUCUCUGAGAUACCCCACGGUAACUUCUGCAAUUCCAAUCCAGAGAGAAAUCUUUGUGGGUACAGUGCCUUUCUAAUGUCAUUCUAUAACAAGAAGACAUUUGAUGUUCAUAGCACUGGUGAUUCUUACCCGAAGUAUAAUAUUAACUAUGUUCCAAUAACAGAAGCUGAUGCUACUGCUAGUUUCACCAACUCCCUCCAAUCAAUACCAAAAACAAUGGAUCAGCUCAAGUUUGUGGACAGCCAGUUUUGUAAUAUACCGGAUUACACAAUAGCUGAAAGCACAAGUCAGGAGAAAGACAAACAAGAAGACUUGGUUUCAUCCAAAGAGAAUGAAAUUCAAGAAUUUUGCGAUGGCCUUCUACAGCAAAUUGUAGACUCAUCAUCUGCAGCAAUUUCAACAAAAUAUGGGUAUCAAAAGGGUUCUGACAGCAACAUCUGUGACAAGGGAAGUGACCUGGGUUUUGACCUGAACAAGACACCUGAGCAGAAAGCACCCAAACGAAGAAAGCAUAGGCCAAAGGUAAUUGUAGAGGCCAAGCCCAAAAGAAAAUCAAACCCUGCAACUCAAAAGACAAAGAAUAAAGACAAUCCUCACAAAAAGAAGAAUGUCGGACAUACUGCAGCAACAACACAUGUUGAUGUCACGAAAGAAACUUUUGAUUCUACUGUUGCAAAUAGAAAAUCCUGCAGGAAAGCUCUAAAUUUUGGCUCAGAAAAGAGCGGAUAUGAAAGCCAGAGCAGAAUAGUUUGUCAGCAGGAGAUCCACCAUAAAAAUGAGGAGGCCAAUAAUAUCAUUUCAGACUACAAGGCCACAGAGAUGCUCGGUGGAGCAGCUAUAAAGUAUAGUUCAAACUCAGCUUUGCUGAUCAGCCAGCAGGAUGAAUAUACAGUAGAAAACCAACAACCCGGAAACACAGAUGAUGUUACCCUUUUAUUGAAUCAAAAGCUAACUAAUACUUUCUCAUCAGAAAAGAAUCCAAGCAUAGCCUUGUCAGCAACUAAAGAAGAACAGCAGAUAGCAAAAUCUCCAGUCACUGAUAAAAGACAGGGAAAUUCUGAUUUGUUCCAGAGAGAAAAAAAUGGAUGCAUGCCGCAAUAUAUUCAUGCAAAAGAAAAUGGCAACAUUCUCUUUCCAUCAGCAACAUGUUUCGGAAACUCUCAGAAGACCCAAGAACUGAUUUUUCAGGAUACCCUUCAGUUGGUGCCAAACAUUAUCUCCAAUUCCAUUGAAGGAAAGGGUUCCAAGAGAAAAUAUUCCAACAGCACCGAGAACCAACAUGACUCAGCCACAAUUCCACUUGAUACUUCCUUGUGCCAAGAGAUUUUACAAGCAGACGAAAAUUCUAACAGUGCAGCUCUUGCCAAAGGUUUCGUAGAAAAUCAGAAGAGGAAAAAAACUCAAAAUACACUCCAUGCAAAGGUCUAUGGAAGGUCUUCCAACAAAAUAAUGGGUAAAGAUGAUUCACAGAAAGUGAGAAUUAAAGACAAAAAUGGAUAUCAAUCACAUUAUAAUAGAGAAAUGCCCAACUUCUGUAUGGAAAAAAACAGAUUUGUAGAGCAGGAAAACAAUGGAGUCAGCACUGGUGAUUGCUUUACUAUCUCAGGAGAACCACACCAGAUAUAUUCCACUCUGAUAGAUGACAUAAUUUAUGGACUGAACGGUCUCAACCUCAAGGAGACCAACAUAUCAGAGAUGGAAGGACAAAAGGCACUUGUCCCAUAUGCGGGAGAUGGUUCGAUUGUUCCCUACCAGGAAUUUGAAUUUGCAAAGAAACAUAAACUAAGACCUAGAGUGGACCUUGACCCGGAAACAGAGAGAACCUGGAAACUGUUGAUGGGCAAGGAAGGAAGCGAAGGCCUUGAAGGAACUGACAAGGAAAAGGAGAAGUGGUGGGAAGAGGAAAGAAAUGUUUUUCGUGGACGAGCUGAUUCCUUCAUUGCACGGAUGCAUCUUGUUCAAGGAGAUAGACGCUUUUCAAAGUGGAAAGGAUCCGUGGUUGACUCAGUCAUAGGUGUUUUCCUCACUCAGAAUGUUUCAGACCAUCUUUCAAGCUCUGCAUUUAUGUCUCUAUCCGCAAGGUUUCCCAAGUCAAAAAGCAGCAAGAGAUCAUUCGAUGUUGUUGUCACAAAAGCAUUAGUUGAAGAACCAGAACUAAGCAUAGUAAAUCCAGCUGACACAAUAAUAUCAUAUGGAAGAGGUACAUUAAAUCAACCAACCUACCUUCUUGGCUUUGUGACACCCCAUCAUACAGGAGAGCUUAGGAGAGACAGUGAAAUGAUAGAAGGGAGCCUAAUAAAGCCAAAUAAUCAGAUCAUAGAAGAAGAAUUGUUAUCAUCACAAGAUUCUCUUAUUUCCUCAAUUACUCAAGGUACCAGAAUUGGAUCCUCCUCAGGAUCCAAUUCGGAAUCAGAAGGACUAAACAGUGGGUGUGACACCAGCAAGACUCAGUUUUCAAGUUCAAGAAAUCAUUUACAGGUAGGAAAGACCACAAUGUUCCAGGAAUUUUACAAUAGUGUAAACGGAGUGUCACUAUUUGAGGAGAGAACCAAAGAUGGAAAGCAGCAACAAGCAGAACAUGUAAAUCAAAGUUCUGCAGUAGGCAGAAACAACAGUCACAAUUUCCACUCAGCAUUUAAUCAUUCCAGCAACUUUGAGUAUCCAGAAAAGCAAGUGCCUUUUUUUCCUUCAACUGACUAUGAGUUACAUUACUUAGAAUCACAAGGGCUAAAGACUUUUCAAAUGAAUUGCGACGAGUUUUCUUGGCCUGAAACUGUUGCUGUAUGCAGUAAAUCCCAAAACACCAAUUAUGGGAGAUUUGGCAUCAGGGAAGUUGGAGAUAGUUCAGAUAAACCCAUAGAGAUGCAGUAUGGAAAUGGAACACUAGGGUAUCCACAGUUACCAACAAUGUACCCUAAAGGACCAUUAAGCAACCAUUCAGUCCUUCUACAAGAUACUUCUCAAUCUAGAUCUCAUACAAAUUAUAAUCAGCCUUCACCUAACCAUCAUCUUGUAGGUCAGAAAACCUUACAACUAGAAGGCAGGCCAUAUACAGAAUCAUUAAAUACUUCUUACAUAUUAGGCAGGGGGCAAGAUGAUGUAGUGAAGAAUUGCUGCAAUACUCCAAAGCAUGGAGAAGAAGCAUUUAACAGUGAAAAUAUUAUAUCCGCACCAAACAGACAAGUAUGCUCAGAUAAUAGUAGGGCUGAACCAAAGCCACAGAAGCAAGUUUAUUCUCCAGGCCCUACAGAUAAAGAGAGCAAAUUCAAGGUUUCUAAAGCAAGGAAAGCGAAACCUAAGACUGAGAAAAAGCAUGCAGAUGACUGGGACAAACUAAGAAAGGAGGUAGAAGCAAAUGGGACAAUGAAAGAAAGAAGUGAAGACACAAUGGAUUCACUUGACUAUGAAGCACUAAGAUGUGCCUCUGUUAAAGAGAUUUCUGACACUAUUAAAGAAAGAGGGAUGAACAACAUGCUAGCAGAACGAAUCAAGGACUUCCUGAACAGAUUGGUUAAAGAGCAUGGAAACAUUGAUCUUGAAUGGUUAAGAUAUGUUCCCCCCGAUAAAGCAAAGGAAUAUCUGCUGAGCAUUCGAGGAUUGGGGUUAAAAAGUGUGGAAUGUGUACGGCUUUUGACACUUCAUCAUCUGGCUUUUCCGGUUGACACUAAUGUUGGAAGAAUAGCCGUUAGACUAGGAUGGGUCCCUCUCCAACCACUUCCUGAAGCACUUCAGAUACACCUCCUUGAACAGUAUCCAGUGCUGGAGUCAAUUCAGAAGUAUCUCUGGCCCAGAUUGUGCAAGCUCGAUCAAAGAACCUUGUAUGAGCUACACUACCAGAUGAUUACGUUUGGAAAGGUUUUCUGCACAAAGAAACAACCAAAUUGCAAUGCAUGCCCAAUGCGAGCAGAGUGCAGACAUUUUGCAAGUGCUUUUGCAAGUGCACGGCUUGCCUUGCCUGGGCCAGAAGAGAAACGCAUCGUGAGCAUGCAUGUUCCCAUUGCAGCUGAGGAAAACCCUUCUGUCAACAUCAACCCCAUGAUCCUACCUUUUCUUGAGAACAAAUUGAUCAAAGAAGCAAGUCCUGAAAGUGGGCAGUGUGAGCCAAUCAUUGAAGAACCAGCAACACCAGAACAACAGUUGACAGAGGCGAUAGAAAGCGACAUUGAGGACUUCUUUGGGGAGGAUCCUGACGAAAUUCCACUUAUUGAGUUCAGUGUCGAAGAACUUGCAAUGAAUGUACAGAACUAUGUGCAAGUAUACAAGGAGCACCAUGAAGGUGACAUGUCCAAGGCACUUGUUACCUUGACUCCACAGUCUGCUUCUAUCCCUACACCGAAACUGAAGAAUAUGAGUCGGCUAAGAACAGAACAUCAUGUAUAUGAACUCCCAGAUUCACACCCUCUCUUGGAAAAGAUGGAUAAACGGGAACCUGAUGACCCAAGCCCAUAUCUUCUUGCAAUAUGGACACCAGGUGAGACUGCAAAUUCCAUUGAACCACCAGAAAGAAGGUGUCGAUCUCGAGAUUCAACCAACCUGUGCAAUGACAAGACAUGCUUUUCAUGCAACAGCAUUAGAGAAGCUAAUUUACAAACAGUCAGAGGAACACUUCUGAUACCUUGUCGUACAGCAACUAGGGGAAGCUUUCCACUGAAUGGGACUUACUUUCAAGUUAACGAGCUAUUUGCGGAUCAUGCAUCCAGCAUUCAACCCAUUGAUAUCCCUAGGGCAUGGAUAUGGAAUUUGCCAAGGAGGACAGUAUACUUUGGGACCUCUGUAUCGUCAAUUUUCAAAGGCCUCUCAACCCAAGAAAUUCAGCAUUGCUUUUGGAGAGGAUUUGUUUGUGUCAGGGGAUUUGAUCAACAAACACAUGCACCUCGUCCUCUUUUGGCCAGAUUGCAUUGUCCAAGAAGUAAGUUAGCAAAGACAAAAAAAUGAAAACAAGUAUGAUGGGACAUGUGUCGAAGAAAUUUACCAGAAAAAGCUAAUAUUGAAGAUCCAACUGUUCAAGACCAGAGGGGAUUGCUGCCUGAGUGACAGGAGUUCAUUGAUUAGCAUACCUUCACACCUUCAAUUCUU